UUGACAGUAUUAGUAUAAUGAGACGAGUUCUUAAAUUCAACAGAAAAAGUUCGGUGGAUUGAUUUAACCAAUAUAAACCACUAACGGUUCGAGUACACCAAACGGUGGUCUUACCGAUGAAUUCAAGGACUCGCCAUAAAUACUCUCAGGCGGGGUUCGCAGUGCGCUAGGUUAUCUGCACAAAAUAGUGGUUAUCUGUUCAUUUUCAUUCAAAAUUAACAUUUUGUUAAUAUAAACACAAAAUAAUAUUUAUAUCUGCAUUGAUAGUAUAGCAUCACUAAUGUCUUUGGAACAAACUGCUUGUGAAGAUCUAAAGGCUUUUGAAAGGCGACUGACUGAAGUCAUAGCUUGUUUGCAUCCUUCUACAACUCGAUGGAGAAUAGUACUUACUGCAGUUUCAAUAUGCGUGGCCACUGGUGCUAGUCAGUGGAUUCUAGAUCCUGAAACGAGGAUAGUUUCAUUAUCACAGUCUUUGACGAACCACCCAUUCUUCAUUCUAUCCACGAUAAUUCUCAUAACAAUAUUACUCCUUGGGGUUCAUAAAAGAGUUAUAGCACCGUCUAUAAUAACUUCAAGAACGAGGGAGGUAUUAGGAGAUUUCAACAUGUCUUGUGAUGAUUCUGGUAAACUAAUUCUUCGACCUAGGCCAAAUCCAAAUAGGGGAGGAUGGCCCUGAAUAUAGUAGUUUUCUGUUAUAUCUUUUUAAACCAUUUUUUUCAAUUUCGGUUAACUUCAAAGCAUUUAAGACGAAACAUUGACUGUAAAUACAAUACCCAUAUUAAAAAAAUUAUUCUAGAAAAUGGAAA